UAGGAUCUCGGCAGAGAUCUAUACACAAUGGCCGACCAGGGCAACAGCGUCAUACCUCGCGAAGAGUUCCACGACUUUGUCGUGCGCUGCAUGACAACUGUUGGUGCGCGUCAAGACGACGCACGUGCACUGGCUGACCUGCUUGUUGCAGCAGACUACAGAGGCCACUACAGUCACGGACUGAACAGACUUGACAUGUACGUGCGUGAUGUGCAGUCAACAAUGACAGUCACAGACAAGACUCCGGAAAUUGUCAAGGAGACAGCAGCAACAGCAUUCGUCAAUGGCAACAACGUCUUGGGUCCAGUGGUGGGUCGGUUUUGUAUAGACCUCGCCAUCGAGAAGGCCAAGAAAGCUGGUAUAGGAUGGGUGGUGGCUAAAGGUUCCAACCAUUUUGGCAUCGCCGGCUGGUACUCAAUGCGGGCCACGGAACAAGGUUUAGUGGGAAUGGCCUUCACGAACACGUCGCCCUUGUUGGUACCGACUAGAGCCAAAGAUCGGACUCUCGGCACCAACCCCAUCAGCGUCGCCGCCCCCGCCAACAACGGCGACAGUUACGUGUUGGACAUGGCUACGACAUCAGUUGCUCUCGGCAAGGUUGAGCUGAACGACAGAAAGGGUAUCGAUGUGCCGGUCGGCUGGGGAAGUGACGGAGACGGAAAGCCGUGCACGAACCCCGCUGAGAUUGUAGAUAAUGGCGGCCUCAUGCCGUUGGGUGGACCCGAGGAGUGCAGUGGUUACAAGGGCUACGGGCUGUCCAUGAUGGUGGAGUUGUUCUGUGGUAUUCUCGGAGGCUCCGCCUUUGGACCAAACAUCAGAACGUGGAAAACAACGGACAGAGAAGCGAACCUUGGCCAGUGCUUUGUCGCCCUUGACCCCAGCGUCUUCGCCCCAGGCUUUGAGGGACGGAUGAGUCAGCUCAUGGACCACUGCCGAGGACUUGAACCUGCUGCAGGAGAGAGCGAGGUGCUAGUGCCCGGAGACCCAGAGAGGAAACACAUGGCGAAGUGCGACACCCUGGGAGGAAUACCAUACCAUCCUAACCAGAUCAAAUUUGCUAACGACCUCGCGGGAAGCUUGAACAUCGCACCAAUGAAACCACUUUGAUAAUGGGGUUGUGCUCUGCUACAAAGUGGAACACUUCCUGUUACCGCACCCCGACCACCUGCCUGCUCCUCCACAACCUGUCUAUGCCCCUACCCUUAAUCAGGUCCUCUAACAGCCCUGGUGCCACCACGGGUGUUCUUGUGCUAUUUAACCAAGAUACAUAUUUCACAAUAACAGACUUUCCGCCAAAGAUUACCAUGCCAAGAUGACGUGAAUUCGUUAUUGUAGGUGUGCCCUCUAUCAAUGAAUAUUCAGGUAGCUUUUGAAUGCUUGAAACUCAAUGUUUCAGGCAUUUUCUGACAAAAGAUUUGUUCCAUUAUGCUACAAAGGAAUAGUCUAGAAGCUGAUCUAUCCUUUCUGAUGCGUUGAUUGCUGGUAUACAAGGAUAUACUCAAUAUAUCUGUUUCUGGAUCUUUAUAUUCCCUUACUAAGGUUGAGUGUGUGUGUGAGUGAGUGAGUGACUGAGUAUUGUUUGAUGCCGAUUUGAACAGCGUUCCAGAUAUGUCACAACGUAUUAACUAAAAGUAUUUGGUGAACCUCAAAUGAAGCAUGCCCUUGUCGAUUACCACUCAUGGUUCAUUUGUAAGUUAACCCCACAAUCAACCGAUUCUGGCACCACUAAGGGACGCAACUCUCCACAUCGAACUGUAACGCCACGGACAAAUGGGCUGCUCGUACCUUUAGUACCAAGGAUCGGAAUAUAAUGGCUUUAAAAAUCCAAUAAAGGGAUUAUGUUUGUGUGGAAA